AUGGAGCAAGAGCAGAACUGUAACCUCUUGUCUCCACUAUUCAAGGGCUCCGCUUCUGGUGGUUCCGCAGAGAAACGAAACGGUUGGGUCAACGUCGGCGAUCUCCAGGGAGCUGUUCAUUUCAAAAUUAUUCGCUAUGAGCGUAUUAAGUUCCUCGUGGUUCUUUUCCUUGCCCGAGAUAGCCCGCUCGGCAUUGGUGGAGGAUGUACCUUUUUCCGGCUUGAGGAUACCAUCGAAGCUUUGCCACAAAACAAGCUCGCUGAGUCCUUUGGAGCUUUAUCUCAUUUACCACUGAUCGUUGAUUUGACUGUGGAGGAAAACGCACGCCUGAAAGUUCUUUAUGGAUCACAUGAAGGUUUUCAUGCUAUCGACCUCGACUCUGCUGCCAUAUACGACAUCUACACUCCGUCAAAU